CAAUUAAAAUUUAUUUCAUUAGUUCGUUUUAUUGAGAGCGGAUUUGUUGUUCAUAAUGGAUCCUGCCUUGAAAGAACAAAUGAGCCAUCAAAUUGCGGAUUCAUUUACCAAAUCCUAUUAUGGUGCUAUGGACAAGAGCCGCGAAAAAGUCAUUGAUUUUUAUAUGGAUGGUUUCAUGAUAGACUGGAAUGAAGAAUACUUUAGGGAGAGGGAAACAGCUCAGGAUUUCUUACUCCACAAAACACCAGAAUCAGAACAUGAAAUAACAUCAAUUAUGCCUGUGGUAAAAACUACUGAAAAGGUAAAGGGUAUUACCAGUAUGUCAGUCAAUGCGAUGGGUAAUGUGCACUAUAAGGGCCUAGGGGUUAAAGUUUUCUAUCAAGAUUUCCAUUUAGUUAAAAUGGGAAAUGAUUGGAAAAUAUAUUCAACUAUUCUCCGUGAUUAA